GAGGGAUGGGUGAGGUGGCGGUUUGUCCGGUCUGUGGGGAUUUUGAAGGGGAUGAGAGGGCGGUUGCGCACCAUGUUGAAGGGCAUUUUGGGGGGUGAUGGGGGAGGGAAGGGAUAUGGAUGGUGGAUUAGCGAGAAUUAUGUGCGAAUGAUUUGGAACAUCAAGCUACAUACAUAGGCUAUCUCUGGUCAAAAUCAGAUCUACAGCCUCGCGAGGCAUAGCCAGUGAUUGAUCAUUGUGCAAGAAGCCGGACAUGUUAGGCUGACCGACGAAGCCAAGUCUCAGCCUUGUCGCUGUUGCCUACCUGCCAGUGAAAAUACCACCUGCACCUCUCCGCAACAUGAUUGUCAACCCGAAUCUCGUGGCCGCUAUGCAUUGUGAUUUCUGCCUUCAAUUGUUCCGGGACAUAGCGAACAGAAGAGGUGCGGCAUCAGAACUAUAUCGAUCGGGAAAAUACCGAGCGGGGCGGUGUAGAAUGUGGACUGCUCGGAAGAAAACUACAUUGGAGCAGACGCAAGCACAGUGUUGCUUUUGUCGGACGGUGUCCCGCCACAUUGAGGACUCUUCACUGCUUGGUAUUCCUCUGGCAUACGGAAUAAUCACUAGAGAGAGCUGCAUUCAGUAUGAUCAACAUCUAUUGAGCCAGUUCGAGAUAGUGCUACAUAGCAAAGGACAACGCUUAAAAGCCAUACCAUUUGCCGUUUGGGCAGAUUGCGAUAGCCCUGCCUCUGCCACUUUUGUAGCUAGGCCACCGCUUCUUACUGCGAGUCUCGAUGAUGUUGGCGGGUUAGUCCGGUACUGGCUCAAUAUUUGCAUUUCGUCACAUAAAGCUUGUUCUAUCACAGACGAAACUCAACUGCCUACCCGCGUUUUGGAGAUAUCUGGCGACACAGCUACACCGUUUAUCAGAUUGCUAGAGACAGGCGGCAUGCAAGGACGCUACUGUGCAUUGAGCCAUUGCUGGGGAGCGCCUGACAAAAGACCUUUGUCAACUACACACGAGAAUGUUAGCGAACAUCUGGAUCGAAUACGACUUGAGAGCUUACCAAAGACUUUCAGGGAAGCAGUCAUGCUGACCUAUCGUAUAGGAAUUUCCUAUCUCUGGAUUGAUUCAUUGUGCAUCAUCCAAAAUGACAAGCAAGAUUGGCAUUCAGAAGCGAAAAAGAUGGGGGCAGUUUACAAGAAUGCGACCUUGGUUAUAGCUGCUGCUAGCUCGAAAGACUCCACAGAAGGACUCGGUCUCAAAGAACGACCGCAUCCGAUGACUGUGACAGCACCUUAUUUCGAUAAAGGCUUCUGUAAAGGGUCAUUCAAUCUAUCUGUCAUGGUAGAGAAGGACAAUGAAUUGCAAUCCGCACCGCUCAAUACAAGAGCUUGGGUACUUCAGGAGUGGUAUCUAGCACAAAGACUCCUAAUAUUCACAUCAUCUCGUCUUGCAUGGACUUGCGAGAGAUUAGAGAUGAAUGAGCGGGAAACAAAAGUUGACCUUGGGCUUUAUGCCGCCAUAUCAUGGCUCAAUCUAUUAGACGAAUAUUCGGGAAAGAAACUAACGUAUUCCUCCGAUCGUCUGUACGCUCUCCAGGGAAUAGUUGCCGAGAUGAAAAACACUCGACAAGACCGGUAUUAUCAACAAUAUGGAGUUUGGGAGAAUCAACUACUAGAUCAGUUACUUUGGAUAAAUGCAGCUGGCUGCCCGGAAGGAGGCUCGUUGGAGCUGCCCACAUGGACAUGGGCGGCUACUGAAUGGCGUAAACGCUGGAUGCUGACGGAUGUGGACGAGGAAUUCAUAGAUGAAAGCAUGCUGAAGCAGAUAUUAAUCACUGAAAUAGGCUCGAUCAAGGCCCUUGGUCAAAUGGCACGGUAUAAGCCUGUCCUGCAAUGGGACUUCCGCGUAACCUGUUCGGUCUUGAACAACUCCUUUCCAUACGGAAUGGUCAUCCAUUACGAGAAUCAGAUGUUCCCCACAUAUUUUGGGGAUGGAACCAUACCUUGUCUCUUAGUUGCAGAUAGCAUACUGAACGAAUCUGUCAUGGGCAUAGCGGUAUUUGAUAGUCACAGAGAGCAUGUGCUACACGCAAGAUGUUUCUUUAUGGUAUCGACAUUGCGAAAAGAAUAUGUCAAGUCAGACGUUCCUAUGGACUCCGCGAGUUCUGACACGGACGAAGAUCUUGAUACAUCCGAAUCAGACAAUGUAUCCCAGGUGGCUGCAGAUGACACUUCACCAAGUCUUCCAGGUGUGGGCUCAUUCUCCAUGGAGGUCGAUAGUGAUGAUAGAGUGACCUUUGAGCGUUCUGUAGAUGCAGAUGAGAGCCCACAUCACGCAAAGAAUAAAUAUGGAUCUUCUGAACGAAGUCAGCAUCCAUAUUCACCAAUUGAGAAGAAUUGUCGCUCAUCCGUAGAAGAAAAAGCUAUCAAUGCAGAUAACGAAGAAGACAAACAGAAGGAUGAAGACGACGAAGAUGACGACGAAGACGAUGAAGACGACAAUGAUUGGCAUAUAGUGAGCAACAACCCUUCCAGUACCUAGUACUACGAGUACUUACAGACUAUAGGCCGAAGAGAUAGUUCGAUUAGCACGUACGACCAGCCAUGUCUACUGGGCUUUGUUGCUUGAGCCAAUCGGUGAGGGAAAAUACAAGCGAGUGGG